AUGUUUAAGCCACAACUCCUCUUCCAAGCAAUCCGCACGAUCCCUCCUCGAUUACGUGUGACAGGAGCCUUCGAUGCUCGUCCAGCGUUCCUCGGGACACGUUACAUCUCAGUCUCUCGUCCGCUGCUUGAGAAAAAGACACCAGAGGACGAUCACGAUGGUCACGACUCGGCGUCGACAGCAGCUCCGCCUGGUGCAUCUGGCGACCAAGAAGGCUCUCUAUCCCGUACAGACGAUACAGUGAGGGUGCAGUACCCCGAAGAGGGGGAUCUUCCAAGGAGUCGACCUGUGUCAGGCCGGGGAGGCCCACAUGCCAAGCGAACGCUGGCAUCGUUCUCGCUGGAGGGAAGGGUUGCUGUUGUAACUGGUGGUGCGAGAGGGCUUGGACUAGUCAUGAGUCAAGCCCUUGUGAACAGCGGCGCUGAUGUUGCUCUUGUGGACCUUAACAAGGAAGAAGCAGAGCGUUCAGCCGGCGAGCUCGUGAAGACCUUUCAAACGGAAAACCCUGACGCGGACAGACUGCCAAAGGUCACAGCCCAUUUCGCCGAUGUAUCAAACCCGACAUCCGUCAACGACUCCAUCGCCGAGAUCCUUCAAGCCCACGGCAAGAUCGACAACCUCGUGACCUCCGCUGGCUUCACCGAGAACUUCAAUGCCAUCGACUACCCUUACGACCGGAUGAAGAAGCUGUGGGGCGUCAACGUAGACGGUACUUACCUCUUCGCCGUGGGCGUUGCAAAGCACCUGAUGGAGCGCCAGUCGCCCGGAAGCCUUGUCUUCAUCGGCAGCAUGUCGGGCUCAAUCGUCAACGUACCGCAACCGCAGGCGCCGUAUAAUGCUGCGAAGGCGGCAGUAAGGCACCUAGCGGCGAGUCUGGCGGUUGAGUGGGCGCAUGCGGGCAUCAGAGUGAACUGCAUCAGCCCUGGCUAUAUGUUGACCGCGCUGACGAAGAAGAUCCUUGACGAUAACCCAGAGCUGGCCAAGACUUGGACCUCGCUGAUCCCGCAGGGCAAGAUGGGUCGGCCUGAGGAUCUGAUGGGAGCCGUGACCUUUUUGGCCAGCGAUGCGAGCCUCUACGUCACGGGCGCUGACCUCCGAGUUGACGGCGGGUAUACCACCACUUAG